UGACAUAAUGAUAGUAAUGUAGCUGCAUUUUUUGUUCAUACUAUUCUCAUGUUUUUUUUUUUUAACUCACCCUGUCAAUUAUCUGUCUGUUUUCAUCCGAACUCAAAUGUACUUCAAAUCAAGUGUUUGUUGAACAUUUGAACUGUUAUCUUUGAACUGUUGCUCUUGUCGCUUGCUCGGAAGGGACAGGGUUAAACUGCACCUUGGAUCUGGUAUCUGUGUUUCGACAGCAACACGUAUUAAAUUACUUGCAGGCCUGUUGGUGUUGGACUUUAAACAGGUGGAGGGACAGACUUCAGGAAAUUAAUUUCUUCUUCCUGGAAAGCAACUUAAGUAUUUUCAAAUGGCAAAAUUCUUUACACCAGCUCAAAUCAACGAGUUCAAGGAGUGCUUUUCUUUAUAUGACAAGAAACAAAAGGGAAGGAUUGACGUUAAGGACCUGAUCACAGUUAUGCGCUGCCUUGGUAGCAGCCCCACACUUGGUGAAAUUGAAAGACAUCUUCAAGUUCACAAAAUGGAAAAGUCAGGGAGCUUGGACUUCUCUACAUUCCUGACCAUGAUGCACCGGCAAAUACAACAGGAAGACCCUAAGACAGAAAUUCUUGAAGCCCUGAGGAUGACCGACAAACAAAAGAAAGGAUACAUUCAAGCCUCGGAGCUGAGAGCCAAGCUCACCAUGUUAGGAGAGAAACUUACUGUCAAAGAAGUGGAUGAGCUGUUCAAAGAAGCAAACAUCAAGCCAAAUGGAGUUGUAAACUAUGAAAAGUUUGCCGAAAUGGUGACUCUGCCACCUGUGGAUUAUUGAGCUGAGCCAGUGUGAGAAAUAAACAUACGCAUACAUUUCUGCAUGCCAAUCUCAUUUGAAUUGUUUCAUUACGUUUGGAGAAACAUUGAAGGUCCUGCUUUUGUGUCUAUUGUAUUAAAAGGCAUCUCAUUCAGCA